AUGAGGGAAAGUGGGUCUCGCCUCUGCCCUUGCCACAAACAGCAAGCCAAGGCAAAGAAACUUCUCAUCGCUCUCGCCCUGGUGGCCGUCGCCAGUGCAGAUGUCUCGCAUCUGUUCUCGCACAGCAACAACCUGCAGGAGGACGGCUACGUCUACGAUCCCCCGUCGAAUCCCGUCGUGAUCGAUGUGCCAUACGUGCCGAGGGAGUCCGCUCCACCCGCCGUCAUCUACCAGGCCCCCAAGCCCACGCCUCCUCGCCCCGUCUACACCGCUCCCCCAGCUAAGGUCUACACCCCCGCUCCACCAGCCAAGGUGUACACCCCUGCUGUGCCAGCCGGAGCCCUCAAGGAGGAUGGCUACCACUAUGGCCAGCCUUCGGUCAAGUUCGAAACCUACGAAAAGCCCGUGGAGACUGCCCCCGCACCAGUGUACGUGAAACCCGCCCCUCCCAAGGUCGAGUACCUGCCUCCCGCACCCGUGAAGAAGGUGGUCUACACUCCUCCUCCACCCCCACCAGCGCCUGUUAAGAAGGUAGUGUACACUCCUCCUCCACCACCGGUCUACGUGAAGCCCGCCCCUCCCAAGGUCGAGUACCUGCCCCCCGCACCCGUGAAGAAGGUCGUCUACACUCCUCCUCCACCACCCCCACCGGCACCCGUGAAGAAGGUCGUGUACACUCCUCCUCCACCACCCCCACCGGCACCCGUUAAGAAGGUCGUGUACACCCCUCCUCCACCACCACCAGCGCCAGCUGGCAUCCUGAAGGAGGACGGUUACCACUACGGUCAGCCUUCGGUCAAAUUCGAAACCUACGAGAAGCCCGCCCCUCCGGUCGAGUACCUGCCUCCCGCACCCGUGAAGAAGGUGGUCUACACUCCUCCUCCACCACCACCUGCACCCGUGAAGAAGGUCGUGUACACUCCUCCUCCACCACCCGUCUACGUGAAGCCUGCACCACCAAAGGUCGAGUACCUGCCCCCCGCACCCGUGAAGAAGGUCGUCUACACUCCUCCUCCACCACCCCCACCGGCACCCGUUAAGAAGGUCGUGUACACUCCUCCUCCACCACCCCCACCGGCACCCGUGAAGAAGGUCGUGUACACCCCUCCUCCACCACCACCAGCGCCAGCUGGCAUCCUGAAGGAGGACGGUUACCACUACGGUCAGCCCUCGGUCAAAUUCGAAACCUACGAGAAGCCCGCCCCUCCGGUCGAGUACUUGCCUCCCGCACCCGUGAAGAAGGUUGUCUACACUCCUCCUCCACCACCACCUGCACCCGUGAAGAAAGUCGUGUACACUCCUCCUCCACCACCCGUCUACGUGAAGCCCGCACCACCAAAGGUCGAGUACCUGCCCCCCGCACCCGUAAAGAAGGUCGUCUACACUCCUCCUCCACCACCCCCACCAGCGCCAGUGCAGAAAGUGGUGUACACUCCUCCACCACCAGUGUACGUCCAGCCUGAGGGUCCCAAGGGCUACAGCUACCCCAACGAUCCCCAGCCAUCGUUCGACUAUUAG